AUGUCAGAACCGGGUUCUGGCUGUGGUGUUCCAGCCCAGAGAAGCUCACAGCGGGGUCCAGAGAUGCUGUCAGUGAAGCUGGAGGACUGCAGUCAAACACUCGAACUCAAUGUGAUUGUGAAAGAGGAGGAGGAGGAGAGAGAAAUCAAGGAAGAGGACGAAGAAAACUGUGAUUCAGGUAAGUUCUGGCUGUCUUUUCUCACUAGCACAGACUUUGCUGAUAGCUACUUUAUUGAGGAAAAAUGUACUUACUAUGAUUGAGAUAUGUGGUUGUCUCACCUACUUAAGAUGGAUGCACUAACUGCAAGUCAAUCUGGUUAAGCGUGUCUGCUAAAAUGACUAAAAUUGAAAAAUGUUCAGACUUACAUCCUCUUUGACUUGAGUUCAGGCUGUGUUUGGGAGGGAGGACGAAUUUAUUUAUCCCCAAACAUUAUAAUAUUUUAUAUCUUUCAUCUGUGUUAUCGCUGUGUGAUACAAAGCAACAAGCCCCUUGUAAAGUAUUUCUUUCAAUGCUCUGUUAAUGUACCAGCCCUCCGGCUCACAUCUCGACAAAUUAAAGAGCAAUUGAACGCAAAAAAAACAUCUUCUCUGGUUGAAAAUGGCUUAUGUGGCGUCGAUAUUAGUCAAACAUUUAUUCCACUUUCAAAAUUGACUAAAGUGUAAGUAGGAUAAUUUUGGGUGAUAAAGUAUAUUCCAUAACAGAUUUGUGUAACUGAGGUCGUAAUGACUUACAUGAGGGUUGUGUUUGGAUUACAAUCGUGCCCACUAACACAGCUGUGCUGAUUGCGCUCUAUCCAAUCGUAGCCUCCAGACAGUGAGACAGACCUGGCCAAUACGCAGCGCCUCGCACUUGGACUUGUUUACAUAAGACAACAGGUCACCAUGUUAUGUUGAAAGAAACCCUUGGCCCCUAAGCCCUUUAUGGAGUGGCCACUUGCUGAUGUGUUUAAUAGGGAUCACCAGACCUCAAAUUUCCUGGGCCAUCGAUGCCCCCUUGUGUGGCCGUAAUGCCCCCUAAAAAAAAUCCAUGCCUUCCGGCCAAAGUGUCCGUUGUGCCCUUGGCCUGAAUAUAAUAAUUAUGAUUCCCUUCUCAUGGCUGCCAAUCGCCCUGCUUCGAAGCACGUCACUCACAUGGCUCUCUCAGAUAUCUCAAUUGUUAUUAGCCAAUGCCCGUCAUGUGGUCGGGUCCUUCUCACAGGCGCCGCAGCUCCGAGGUAGGCUACUAGUGAAAACCGACACAUCCGGGAUGCAACGGCGCGCCUCCUUCUUAUCGAAUUCCAAGACGCAUAUUGAAGAUGUUAGAAGAAAUGUCCACAUUUUACUUUUGGUCAGCCAACAAGAUGAGUAACUAAAAGUCUACUCCUUUUGCUAUGUCAAUCUACUAUCCCCCAUAGUACAAAAGUUGACCUAUUCUAUUGGUCAGCUUGUUGUUGUUCUGUGCGAGAAAUAAAUAUUCCAAACAGACUCUGGGACAGUUGUGGGACGAUAGAUCCUAAAUCAAUACAACCACUGUACAUCAAAACACCAUUUAAAAGCAAUGAGGCUGAUCAGAAUGUUUAGCUUAAAAAAAUGGAUAAAGUAUUAUUUCUUCACAUUAUAAGCGCAGCAAUUCGCACACGGCAGGAGGCUAUAAGCGUUUAUGGCUACAUUUUCUGGCACCUCCAUCCUGUCUGCAUCGGUCUGGACAAGACAGGUUGUAGCCAAUACCAUAGUCUAUCACCUACACUUUGCCAUGUAGGCUAAUUUAUUUAUGUACAUUGACAUACACUUAUGUUUUUUUUUAACACAAUAGCUAGUUUUUCGGUUUUUAAAUCAAUUUAAUUGGCUAUUUUGGUUAAUGGACUUGGUGCCCUAGUAGAUGGCCUUGGUGCCCUGGCAGACUGGGCACCUCUUGAAGGUCACAUGGCCUUGCCCCCAAAAUCACAACAUUUCAGGCCUGGUGAUCACUCCAGUCUGCCACUGUUUUGGGCGAAAUGAGAAUUGAGAAGAUGCACACUUGCAUUCCAACUGCCACUUGUCAAUAUUCCAAAAUUCCCAUUCGCGAGCAUCUUGUGUCCUGCCGCAACCUGUUUUGUAACAUGAUUCACUAUGAAAUACUGCCAGACGUACACAUACUCUGGUAAUAGAGAGUGAGAAAGUUGUAAGAAACAAAACGGCACCGAAGCGUCACGCGUCACCGCUCGCCAGCGACUUGAUAAGCUGAUUGAGCUAACGUGGCCUGCCUGCUCAAUGUGCCUGCUUCAUUGGCAAACACAGAGAUGGAACUUGGCUAGCUAGCUAGUGAUUUUUAGGAACGUAUAAACAGCGUGUAGCUUGUGCCUUAUUUACGAUAGUUUGACAGCUUGCUGAUGAUGAAGUUGUAGACAUGUUCUCAGACAUCAGUCCUGAGCGUAGCCAGCAGCAGCUGACUCAAUACUGUAUGCAGUGCACUGACUUCUUAAUGCCCUUUUUUUAACUUGAGAAAUACUGCACCAAACACCUUAGCUCGACGUAAAGUGUGCAACUAAGAACUCCUUGGCAAAACGACGACAUGAAUUACAGAUAUAAUUAUAUACAGUACCAGUCAAAGGUUUGGACACACCUACUCAUUCCAGGGUUUUUCUUUAUUUUUUACUAUUUUCUACAUUGUAGAAUAAUAGUGAAGACAUCAAAACUAUGAAAUAACACAUAUGGAAUCUUGUCGUAACUAAAAAAUAUUUUAUAUUUCAGAUUCUUCAAAGUAGCCACCCUUUUGCCUUGAUGACAGCUUUGCACACUCGUGUCAUUCUCUCAACCAGCUUCACCUGGAAUGCAUCCCACAUAUGCUGAGCACUUGUUGGCUGCUUUUCCUUCACUCUGCGGUCCGACUCAUCCCAAAUCAUCUCAAUUGGGUUGAGGUCGGGGGAUUGUGGAGGCCAGGUCAUCUGAUGCAGCACUCCAUCACUCGCCUUGGUCAAAUAGCCCUUACACAGCCUGGAGGUGUGUUGGGUCAUUGUCCUGUUGAAAAACAAAUGAUAGUCCCACUAAGCCCAAACUAGAUGGGAUGGCAUAUCACUGCAGAAUGCUGUGGUAGCCAUGCUGGUUAAGUGUGCCUUGAAUUCUAAAUAAAUCACAGACAGUGUCACCAGCAAAGCACCCCCACACCAUAACACCUCCUCCUCCAUGCUUUACGGUGGGAAAUACACAUGCAGAGAUAAUCCAUUCACCCACACCGCGUCUCACAAAGCCACGGCGGUGGGAACCAAAAAUCUCACAUUUGGACUCCAGACCAAAGGACACAUUUCCACUGGUCUAAUGUCCAUUGCUCGUGUUUCUUGGCCCAAGCAAGUCUCUUCUUCUUAUUGGUGUCCUUUAGUAGUGGUUUCUUUGCAGCAAUUUGACCAUGAAGGCCUGAUUCACACAGUCUCCUCUGAACAGUUGAUGUUGAGAUGUGUCUGUGACUUGAACUCUGUGAAGCAUUUAUUUGGGCUGCAAUUUCUGAGGCUGGUAACUCUAAUGAACUUAUCCUCUGCAGCAGAGUUAACUCUCCAUUCCUGAGUGCCAGUUUCAUCAUAGCGCUUGAUGGUUUUGCGACUGCACUUGAAGAAAGUUCUUGAAAUAUUCCGGAUUGACUGACCUUCAUGUCUUAAAGUAAUGUCAUUUCUCUUUGCUUAUUUGAGCUGUUCUUGCCGUAAUAUGGACUUGGUCUUUUACCAAAUAGAGCUAUCUUCUGUAUAACCCCCCUACCUUGUCACAACACAACCGAUUGGCUCAAACACAGUAAGAAGGAAAGAAAUUCCACCAAUUACUUUUAGGAAGGCACACCUGUUAAUUGAAAUGCAUUCCAGGUGACUACCUCAUGAAGCUGGUUGAGAGAAUGCCAAGAGUGUGCAAAGCUGUCAUCAAGGCAAAGGGUGGCUACUUGAAGAAUCUCAAAUAUAAAAUAUAGUUUGAUUUGUUUAACACUUUUGAUUACUACAUGAUUCCAUAUGUGUUAUUUCAUAGUUUUGAUGUCUUCACUAUUAUUCUACAAUGUAGAAAAUAGUAAAAAUAAAGAAAAACCCUUGAAUGAGUAGGUGUGUCCAAACUUUUGACUGGUACUGAAUAUUAGACAGUAAGGAAGUCAGAGGGGGAGACAGGCAAGUAGGAGAGAAACAGUGGGAAGGGUAUUGAACCCUGGUCUCUGGUGGGGAGUCUUCUAUGUGAUUGGUGAAGGGGACUGUUACCACUACAUCACUGCACUAAAUACAGAUUUCUUGAUUUAUCUGAGAUUAAUUUGGACUAAUUUGAGGAAGUGGUAGGCUAUGUUGUUGCUACCGUGACUCAAGAGGGACAAACAACAGUAACUGCCAGAGUACGAUAUGCGAACCCAAAUCUAGUUUGUUCCCCCGUUUAAGGUUCAAUCUUGCCUUUGUUCCGCUUUCUGUUUCUUACCCAAUACGUGUUCAUGUUCUUACAGGAGAGAGCUCCAACCCAGGCUCAGACAGCAAGUCCAGUCCCACAGCAUCAGGAAAUCGUAAACAAUGCAGACAGAAGCCCCAACCCUGCUGUAGCGAC